AUGGGUCUCUGGGCCCUGCGGCAGCAGCGCCACGCGCAGGGGCCACCGCCGCGGCCGCGCACGCGAUCGGCGCCUGGGGCAGACAAGGAAGUCGGGCGACCCCCCAGCGCGAGCGCACGCGUCACCCGGUCCCUGGCCCGCGCCGCCCCGCGGACGCAGGCGGCGUCUUUCCGACGGGGCUAUGGGUGCCGGAGGUGGUCGACUGCAGCGACGCGCUGGG